CACACCUUCUCACCGUCCUCACAGAAUUCAAAAGUGUUGGCCAGUCAGACAGAGGCAGGGCAGACUGCUGAAAGAGGGAGUGGACACAUAUAGAGCAGAGGGAAAAAGAGGAGAAGAGAGAAAGAGGGCUAUCCACUCAUCUCCGACAGUGGGGAUAUUGAUGCACAUACUUGAGUGAAGAGGAAAAUAAAACGGUAAGUGAAUAUACACCAUUCUGGUUUGUUUACAAAAUAGCAACAUUUGUAGAUAAACAUCAUGAUGAUAAUGCCUGCAUUUAUUUACUGUGUUUAUUAUAGAUUUUCAGUCAGUGACAGUCAUAGAUGCUGUAUGUGGAUUUAAAAGCCUACAAUGGAAACGGAAUGGAAACUACAAUGGAUUUUCACCAUGUAUAUAGUUUUAGUAUCAAUACAUACUAUCACAAAUAUUUUAUUUCAAAUUUAUAAAUGUUUUAUUUCAAAACAACAAACACUCUUAUCCAGAGCGACUUACAGGAGCGACUUACAGGAGCAAUUAGGGUUAAGCGCCUUGCUCAAGGGCACAUCGGAAGAUUUUUCACCUAGUCGGCUCGGGGAUUCGAACCUUCCGGUUUUACUGGGCCAACACUGUUAACCGCUAGGCUACCUGCCGCCAUACCACUAGACUACCUGCCACACACACACACACACACACACACACACACACACACACACACACACACACACACACACACACACACACACCACACACACACACACACACACACACACACACACACACACACACACACACACACACACACACACACACACACACACACCACACACACACACACACACACACACACACACACACACACACACACACACACACACACACACACACACACACACACACACACACACACACACACACACACACACACACACACACACACACACACACACACACACACACACAAAAACUUGCCUUUCGUGACAUAACACUCGCACUUCACUCCCAUCCCCCCCGAUAGCUACUUUAUUGAGGAAAAAUGUACUUACUAUGACUGAAAUAUGUGGUUGUCCCACCUAGCUAUCUUAAGAUGAAUGCACUAACUGUAAGUCGUCCCGGAUAAGAGCUAAAUAACUAAAAUGUAAAUGUAGGGUACAAACACUCAAAGUACAAACAUGUACUUUAAAUAUUAAUAUAUUAAAUCAUGCAGAGCACAAAAACAGACUAGUCAGUGCAGAAUAAUCCUGUCCCCCCUAGUGAUGCCAAAUACUUAAUAGAAAAGUAGAGUACAGUAAAGUAAAAUAGAGUAGAUUAAAGAAAGAGAAGAGACCUUUGUUAACCUUGACUGUUUCCCUAUCUUACAGACAUGAGUUUAGGAGCAGCAUGUGUCUUCCUGAGGGGAGGGAAUCAUAUUGUAAGUAUAACAAACAUUUUAUUCUAAAAUAUGCUGUAUGUGUGGAAGUGUUUGCAAACUGAUAUGAUAUGUUGAAUGGAUUGUGAAAAAAAUAUAUGAUAGAGAGAGAGAGACUUACUUAUUUUUCCUUUUGUACUUUAACUAUUUGCACAUCGUUACAACACUGUAUAUAGCCAUAAUAUGACAUCUGAAAUGUCUCCAUUCCUUUGUAAUUUUUGUGAGUGUAAUGUUUACUGUUAAUUUGUUAUUGUUUAUUUCACUUUGUUUAUUAUCUAUUUCACUUGCUUUGGCAAUGUAAACAUAUGGGGAAGCUACUUUGAAAAUAUAGUUCACCAAGCUACCAAUUUAUUCACACUGGAAGAAGUUAAGCUACACUAAAGCUACCCUUAAGAAUAAUUACGUUCACUUAACUAAAGUUACUUUUUAAAAGUAAUUCACUACAUUUAUACUUUUUUUAUUUAAAAAAGCACAUAUACACACACACACAAAAGCUUAACGAUAGCUUUAGUAUCGCUUAACUCCUUCUAGUGUGAAUAAAUUGGUGGCUUGGUAAACUAUAUUUUUAAAGUAGCUUCCCCAACAAUGGUAGUAGACAGCGAGAUAAUGCCCAUCUUUCUCUCUCUCUCUCUCUCUCUCUCUCUCUCUCUCUCUCUCUCUCUCUCUCUCUCUCUCUCUCUCUCAAUUCAAUUCAAGGGGCUUUGAUGGCAUGGGAAACAUAUGUUUACAUUGCCAAAGCAAGUGAAAUAGAUAAUAAACAAAAGUUAAAUAAACACACUCUGUCUCUCUCUCUCUCUGAACUAUUUUGUGAAAAAUUUGCAUAUGUAAAUCUGAAAUGACAUAGACUACAAUUUGCAAGAACAGAUCAUUUUGGGGCCAUAUACUACCAGAAUGUGUAAUUUAGCUUAUUUAACACAAAAAAAAGAUUUUUCAAGUGAAAAUUAGGUAGGUCUGAUGACGAAAAGGAAAAUAAUGUAUUGCCUACAUCACCAUUAUUUUCUUUUCUUUUUGCAAAAACAUGUAGUUCCAGUAGUUAGCAACACCACUACAUGGCAAAAAAGUAAUUAACUAAUGAGAAAACUACAUUUGAAUUUAGUUCCAAGCUACUCCAAAUAAUGUAGUUAAAUUACUAGUUGAACAACAAAUAUUGCCUGCUAGAUGGGAAUGAUAUUCUGUAUCUGGGUCUCUGCCAUGCACAUGCACUCUAACCUCUCUAAAUAUCUGGGCAUAAUCUCAUUUUGGUUUGUAGCAUUUUCAAUCAAAAUGUUAGGUGCAAUAGGGAAAGGAUGCUUUUCGUGUGUGAGCACGCGCGUGUGUGAGAGAGAGUAGGAAAAUACUAGGUGUUGUGUUAUAGAGAGGUAUUUAUUUGCAUUAUCAUGUAUCAAAUGAAAUCACUUUAUGGUAAAUAGUUAAAUUGAAGUAUUCUUCAUGCAAAUUACUAUACUCACUUUCUAAGCAGACAUUCUAUCAAAUCCGACAUAAAUUUACUCUGGUAAAUGCUGUUUGCAGGACAGAGAGCUGGCCGAUGAUGAAAUUGAAGGUAAAAUAAAAUUGUGUCAGCGUCAUCUCACCCUUUCCAUUUGUCCUCCAUUCCAUGUGGUCAAUGCAGCAGGGUUUCUUAGUUAUAGUUGUAACUUUUUACAACCAAUUUCUAAAUAAUGCUCAAUGUUGGUUGAUUUCUGAUAAAAUGGAAAUACUUAUUUUUUAUAAGACUAUCUUUACAGUACAUUUCAUGUCCAUCUACCAAUUAUGUUUCAUUUAUCUUGAAGAAAACUCAAAAACAGUCUUCAUCUCAUUAUAGAUGUACCCUCUGAAGCCCAUGAAAAUACAGAGAAAGAAAUGUUCCAACUUCCCCAAGAGGUUAGCCAACUCUUGGUCUCUCACAGUAUAUCUUUAGACUGAUAGGUUGUUCCUACUGUCUCUUAGAGCUGCGCGAGGCAUUUGCUGAGUUCGACAAGGACAAGGAUGGGCUGAUCAGCUGCAAGGACCUGGGCAACCUGAUGAGGACAAUGGGCUACAUGCCCACCGAGAUGGAGCUGAUCGAGCUGAGCCAGAACAUCAACAUGAACCGUGAGUCAUUAGACAAUUCUCUGUUGAAAAUUCAAUAAACUUUUCCAGGUUCUAGAAAAUUCCCAGGUUUGUCAGAAAUCCCGGUUGCAGGAAUCAGGAGGGAAUAAGCAGGGAGGGAAUUCUCCAACUUGGGAUCCUCCAACCAGGACUUCAGAAAAACCUGGGAACUUUGGGAAAGUUUCAGGAAUUUUGCAAUAAUAGAAGUAAUUCAGAUAAAUAUACAAUACUGAAGAGCAACCUACCGAAGAGAAGUGAGGACCACAGUAUCAGAAUAGCAGAGACAACUAGAGCAAAUUAAGGUUACUGGAACUCUCCUUAUAAUUGUUUUAAUCUCUUUCAAUUUCCUAGUUGGUGGGAGAGUAGACUUUGAGGACUUUGUUGAGCUGAUGGCCCCAAAGCUGCUGGCUGAGACUGCUGGGAUGAUCGGAGUGAAAGAACUGAAGGAUGCUUUCAAAGAGGUGAGAGAGAGAAGUGCUCCAAGUUCCCAGAAUAACCCAUCUGAAAUGGUCAGGGAAUUGUGCAAAGACAACCAACAUGAUAGCCAAACAAAAAACUUUCCUGACGCUCUCCCCUUCAACCGAGGUACUUAAGUAAAAAGACUUUACAGUACUUCUUAAGUCGUUUUUGGGGGUAUCUGUACUUUACUUUGCUAUUUAUAUAUUUUUUAAUGUUUUACUCCACUACAUUCCUAAAGAAAAUAAUGUACUUUUUACUCCAUACAUUUUCCCUGACACCCAAAAGUACUCGUUACAUUUCGAAUGCUUAGCAGGACAGGAAUAUUGUCAAGUUAAAGAUAUUUAUAUUAAAAUAUAAGUAGUGACACAAGGAAUAAAUACAUAGUGAAUAAUGAAUAACAAUAACGAGUAAAACGAGUCCAGUGUGUGUGCAUAGAGUCAGUGCAAGAAAGUUAGUUCAAAAUCCCCAAUAAUUUAACACCUUAUCAAGACCAUAAUCCUACUCAGAACCACUUUUUUCUAGUUUUGGUAUGAUAUUGUAUGAUGGUAAGAUUUUGUACAUUCAUACCAUUCUCUUAACCAGGGUUGGGAUCAAUAUUGUUUCAAUUAGUCUGACUCAAUUUGAACAGCCCUGCUCUUAGCUCCCCUCCAUUUAAUAAUAUUAUCUAGCUGGUUGAUUAUGGAAACUCAAAUCCUUGCCCCCUCUCUGGUUAGUUUGACACGGACGGAGAUGGCGAGAUCACAACAGAGGAGUUACGAAACGCCAUGACCAAGCUAAUGGGGGAGCACAUGUCUCGUAGAGAGAUAGACGCCGUGGUACGAGAGGCUGACAACAACGGUGACGGGACAGUAGACUUUGAAGGUAAGGAGGGUUGACAACGGCCACCUAAACAACAACAAAUAACAUAGUCAGAUGCUACAACACUCUAGACACUAACAGCAGUAACACAGAUGUCAACAAUGGCAGCAUAGACAAAACAAAAAAUAAUUAAAAAUAAUUGGUCAUUUAGCAGACGCUCUUAUCCAGAGCGACUUACAGGAGCAAUUAGGGUUAAGUGCCUUGCUCAAGGGCACAUCGACAUAUUUUUCACCUAGCCGGCUCGGGGAUUAGAACCAGCAACCUUUCGGUUACUGGCACAACGCUCUUAACCACUAAGCUACUAACACAGCACCAAUACACAUUGACAUUGUUGUUGUUGACCAUUGAAUCCUACCGUGGGGAAUGUGGAGCCAUUUGAAUAAUAUAAGUGAUACAGGUUUAUGUAUUAAUGAAUUAACUGUAUUAACUGUAUGUUUUGUACUGUAUGUUUUGUGUAGUAUCUUACAUUCUCCUUUUUUCUCUCCCACAGAGUUUGUUAGAAUGAUGUCACGCCAGUGAGAAGGACUUCUUGGAAAAAGUAUUAUUUCUCACACACACACACACACACACACACACACACACACACACACACACACACAAACACACACACACACACACACACACACACACACACACACA